UCAUAUUUUGUGCAAUACAACCAAACUCUCCAGCAAACUGUUAAGAGAAAAUUGUCUGCUCAUAAAUUUCAAUUCCUUGGAGUCAUUAACACAAGGAUAUUGCAAGUAUUUAUACAUAAGUAUAAUUGUGAUGUCAAAUAUAACAGGUGAUCAGGAAGGAAGCUUGUCUUCUGGAGAAGUGCAACAACUUCAUCAAGAACAGCCACUACUGCUUGAUCAUCCCCAUGGUGUCGUCACGAAAAAUAGCUCCCAGCACAUGCCUGCAGCUGCUAAGAAGAAAAGAAAUCUGCCAGGAACUCCAGAUCCAACUGCUGAAGUCAUUGCUCUAUCUCCCACUACGCUAAUGGCUACCAACAGGUUUGUGUGUGAGAUUUGUAACAAAGGUUUUCAGAGGGACCAAAACUUGCAAUUACACCGCAGAGGUCAUAAUCUUCCAUGGAAGCUCAAGCAAAGAACCACCACUGAGGUGCGCAAGAGGGUGUACAUUUGCCCCGAGACUAGUUGUGUCCACCACAAUCCAGCCCGAGCACUAGGAGAUCUGACUGGGAUCAAGAAGCAUUUUAGCAGAAAACAUGGGGAGAAGAAGUGGAAGUGCGACAAAUGUUCCAAAAGAUAUGCAGUGCAGUCGGAUUGGAAGGCUCACCAGAAAACUUGUGGCACUAGAGAGUAUAAAUGUGAUUGUGGUACCAUUUUCUCCAGGAGGGAUAGCUUCAUAACUCACAGAGCUUUCUGUGAUGCACUAGCUGAAGAGAACAACAAAGUUAAUCAAGGCCUGAUGCAAAGCAUGGGAUCAAACCUACAACCACAGAUGCCUCAUGAUAUGAAUAACAACACAUCAAUGGCCCUAAUGUCUGAUUUCAACAAUUAUGAUCAGAAAAACCAACUAAAGUCAAUGUCUCAAGACAUGCAGUUUAAGCCCAUGAACAUAGCUACUGGCAUGUUCUCAAGCAAUUCAGGUUCUCUUUUCGGAGGCCCAAGAAACAAUGUGCAAUCAUCUUCCUCUGGCCUCCAGCUCAGUUCCAACAGUCCUUCAAGUUUUAGUUACCUCCAAGACAACAAAAACGGGCCUAACAAUCUUUUAGGCGCUGCAAACAUGUCAGCCACUGCCCUGCUCCAAAAAGCAGCUCAAAUGGGCGCCACAGCAAGCAACAACACUAUUAGCUCACCCAUGAUCCAAAAAACUUUUGGUAACACAGGGCCUAUGAUCGACAAUGCAAAUACCUCCUUCGAAAAUGUAACAUCAAAACCUGAUGAAACCAGUUUUGUUGGGCUUACUGGUGGAGCAUUCACAACUCAGCUGAUGCAAAAGGCCCCGCAUCAGAUGUUUGCCUCCGGGCCUAGUAGCUCACCAUCCAUGACUGACAUGGCAAUGUUUGGUGACAUGCUGAUGGGAAAUGAGCAGGGCUUCAUGAAGCAUAUGGAACAUCUUGAAGAUGGUAUGAGUCAGAACCCAAUAGGCCCCUCCAGAUUUGGAGUGAACCAGGGAAGUAGCCGAGGAAACGACACACUCACGGUGGAUUUCUUAGGACUGGGAGGAGGAUCAAGGCCACACAACCUUCAUGAACAGCAACAACAACAAAGAAUGCAGAUGAUGAAUCCUUUCCAGCAGCAACUUGAGAAGCCCAUCUGGGAUGUUUAAGAAAACCUCUGACUUCUGAGUCAUGAUAAAAGUACUUAAAAAGAUACUUUUGACAACGGAUUAACUUGUAUCCAAACAUCCUAAAGCUAGAAGGUACUGAUAUUGAACGGGCUUGAGCCUUGACUAGGCUAAUACUGAAUGCAGGACAAAAUAUGGCAUGUAAUGUAACUCUUUGGUAUGAUUUUUAUUUUUAUCUCGCACUUCUGAAA